AGAUACACUGUACAGCUUGAAACUAGAGCAGAGUCUGUCAGGUACAAUCUCAGAAACUGUUAUUGACAAUUGUGAUGUCUAAUGAAAUCUAUGCCAAUGUAGAGUUUGAUAAUGACAAUGUUGAGGAUCUUUAUACCAACAAAGAGACCAUCAAUUCUCAUGACUCCAGAAGCAAGACAAAAGACGUCUCCACAAAGAGUAGACCACUGGCUACAAACCCAGGUACUGAGAGCUCAGAAAGGAGAUCCACCAGAGAUGCUGCAGUGUGUCUGGGGCUGCUGUGUGUUCUCCUACUGGCUGGGAUCAUAGGCAUGUUUGUCUAUUAUAACGGAGAGAUGGGCAGUUUUGAAGAGAACAUCUUAGUUUAUAAAACCAACUCCUCAGCUGAACAAGCCCAGUUGCAGACCAAGUACAACGCCAUGACUAAAGAGAGGGACCAGCUCCAGGUUGAAAGAGACGAUCUUCAAGCAAAGAUCUCUGUCGUAGAACAACACACACAACAGGGAUGGAGGUAUUACAAGUCCAGUUUUUACUGGACAGCGACAGAUUUUUCACCUUGUCGGUACCGAGAGCUCAGAGAGGAGAUCCACCAGAGAUGCUGCAGUGUGUCGGGGCUGCUGUGUGUUCUCCUACUGGCUGGGAUCAUAGGCCUGUUUCUCUAUUAUAACAAAGAGAUGGGCAGUUUUGAAGAGAACAUCUUAGUUUGUAAAACCAAAUCCUCAGCUGAACAAGACCAAUUCAGGACCAGGUACAACGCCAUGACUAAAGAGAGGGACCAACUCUGGGUUGAAAGAGAUAAUUUUCAAGCAAAGGUCUCUGUGGUAGAACAACACACACAACAGAGAUGGAGGUAUUACAAUUCCAAUUUUUACUUCAUCUCUACUGAGAUGAAAACCUGGGAGGGGAGCAGAGAGGACUGUGUGAGGAGAGGAGCAGAUCUGGUGGUCAUAAACAGCAGAGAGAAAUAUGUAUUUAUCCAUGGAUUGAGCAAGGAGACGUUCUGGAUUGGUCUGACUGACAGAGUUGAAGAGGGGAUCUGGAAGUGGGUGGACGGCACAGCACUGACCACAGGGUACUGGGGCAGGGGACAGCCUAAUAAUCAGAACGGAAUGGAGGAGGAUUGUGCUGCGCGAUGGUCCGAUCUUUCUACCACAGACAACGGCUGGCAUGAUGCACCGUGCAACGAAUUGCACUUUUGGAUAUGUGAGAAAAUGGCCUAACUGUAACUGAACUAUAACCAAAAUAACUAAUACAGCAAAUUAUGCAUCUGUCACAUUUAUUUCCAGUUUAACAUACCAAUGCUUAAGUUUUCCUUUUCAUUUAGAAUGAUUUUCUUAAGUUGCAUGUAUUUGGUAACACUUACAUAUCUCUACAUAUCUCAUUGUCUGUGCAAUGGCGAUUGCACAGACAAUGAUAGAAAAUUGCUCUAUAACCUGUUAGUUCAUAUGCCUUGCCAUCGUGAUAUAGCCCUAAGGCUGAGACAAUAAGACACUGUAGCAGAAGAAAUUCAACUACACAUUUGUUUCAUUACGAAACCAUGUGUUUGUGUGUGUGUGUGUGUAUGUGUGUGUGGUUUGUGCAAGUAGAACAAACAUGUUGACUCACCCUACUUGUAGAGAAACGCUAAUGCCAUUAUCCUCUUUCAUGUUGCCUAAACGGUCUAUGACUCUAUCAUACAGUACAUGCAUUUAGUUUUUGUUGUCCUAGGCUACCUGUCUAAAAGGCUUGCUUGCUAGCCGAACUUCCUUUCAUGGGCAACGCUGCACCAGGCCAGCUAGUAAACAUUAACAUACUCCAUCUAUCUACAUGUUGAACUUCCAUCCUCUCAGGCCAGGGGCUCAAUGUAUUAAUAUUUGGUUCGAUCAGAAUCGCGUUACAACCAUUGGUGUAAUGAAAAUUCGAAUCAUCAGGAGCGUCUUUGUUAUUUCUUCAAACAAUCAAUCUUUAUUAACCUCUAUGGGCUAGGUGGGACGCUUGGUCCCACCUUCUCAACAGCCAGUUGAAUCCUGUGGCGCG